ACAGCUCGCACCCUGAGGGGCAGCGUCCUGGGGGGACGGAGGAUCCCUGGGCAGCCCCAAAGCCCUCUGCGGCCGUUUGUGUUGAGCUGGAGGGGAGGGGGCAGCAGCUGCCAGCCUGCGGGACUUGGGUCUCCCGUUGCAGGCAGAGUUCCCCGCAGCAGCCUGCUGCGCUGGGAGCCGCAAAGGAUUUGUUUUAAGCGCUCAGAAAUAGAUUUGGAACUGCAGAAGCCCUGCCCGGGCUGGAGCUUGGCUGCCUCUGACCUCCUGCCACGUGGUGGUGAAACUUCCCCUUCCUGGUCCGGCAGCACCGCGGCCGGAGGCUGCUGCAGACACAGCUCCGCAGAACAGAGGCUUCUCCAAGAAGAGUCACCCGUUCCUGCCCAAGAUCUUUAGGAAGAUGUCUGCUCAGGCCGCCAAGGAGAGGCCUGAGAGCCUGCAGUUCCCCUUCCUGGACGACGAGGACACCAUCUCCACCAUCAAGGAGUCCAAAACCUUCUUCAUCCUGCGGGGGCUGCCCGGCAGCGGGAAGUCCACCCUGGCCCAGGCCAUCCAGGACCGGUACAAAGAUGCCUGCAAGGUCAUCUCGGUCGACAGCUACAAAAUCACUCCCAUGGUCAGGAGCAGCCUCCCCGAGGAGUACUCCAAGGUGGACGAGGACCUGGUGGAGUACUGCAAGCGGGAGGUCAGCGUCAUCGUGCUGGACGACAGCCACCACGAGCGGGAGCGGCUGGAGCAGCUCUUCGACAUCGCCGACAAGUACCGGUACAAGGUCAUCUUCGCCGAGCCCAAGACCCCCUGGAGGGUGGAUUGCUCCCAGCUGAAGGAGAAGAACCAGUGGAAGCUGUCUGCCGAGGAGCUGAAGAAGAUGAAGCCCAGCCUGGAGAAGGAGUUCCUGCCCAUGUAUUUUGGGUGGUUCCUGAGCAAGAGGAGCUCGGAGGUCCUGCGGAAGGCUGGCCAGGCCUUCCUGGACGAGCUGGGCAGCCUCAAGGCCUUCAAGAAGGAGAGCAAAUACUUUGCCUCUGCCAUUGAGGACCCCAAAAUCAAAAUCGACCUCACCAGCUACUUCGUGAAGAGGCCUCCCGGGGUCCUGCACUGCACCACCAAGUACACCGAGUUCGGCAGGGCCGCGGGCGCCGAGGAGUACGCGCAGCAGGAGGCCGUGAGGGCUUCCUACGGCAAAGGCUUCACCCUCUCCAUCUCUGCUCUCUUCGUCACGACAAAAACUGUGGGUGCCCGCGUGGAGCUGAGCGAGCAGCAGCUGCUGCUGUGGCCGGGGGACGCCGACAAGAUCCUGCCCACCGACAGCCUGCCCCGGGGCAGCCGUGCCCACAUCACCCUGGGCUGCGCCAACGGCGUGGAGGCCGUGCAGACUGGCUUGGACCUGCUGGAGUUCGUGAAGCUGGAGAAGGCAGGGAGCAAGGGGGAGCAGCUGGGGGAGAUCGGGGGCGGCAGGCUGCUGUACUUCGAGAACGGGAUGUGGCUGCUGGCGCUGGCCAAGAGGCUGGAGGUCAGAGCUGUCUUCUCAGGGUACUACGGGAAGGGCAAACUGGUGCCCACGCAGAGCACCAACAAGAGGGGCUCCGCCUUCAGCUCCUGCACCAUCAUCUAGGGGCAGGGGCAGGGGGCUGCUCUGGAGAGUUUUAGGUCAGUAACCUUCUGUAACCCUUAAGGAGAAAUAAUUCCCUGUACUAAAGUCAGCCCUGUGCCCGCCCCAGCGCCAGGCCCCUGGGGAGCUGCUUGGCCUCACAACAAGGAAGAAAACAAGCAGCAGCCUCUGCCUGC